GGUACUGAGAGCUGGAAACGGUGUGUGCAAGUGCAUUUGAGGGGGAGAAAGGAGGGUGGAGGCGUGUUCUUUGUGUUGUGCAGCCUGAGUUAAUCUGAUGUGGCAUCUACUCAGAGAGGAGCCAUAUAUCCGAGAACCAGCACUGCUGUAAGGUGACCUGCACAGCUCCUGCUCAAGUGUGUCCUUUUUAAAAAAACAAAACCAAAAAAAAAAACAAGCAUCCACUUCAAAGGUCUUCUCCUGAGACUGUGUGAUACAUUUUGGAAGACUCAAGGAGCUUUUUGUUUUGUGCUACAGUAAGACUUUUAAAAGUGCAUGUGGAUCAGCACUAGAAAGGAUGUUUUUCUCAGGUUGUUUCCAAAAUGCUGUUGCAUUUUAGCAGGUGUAGCAUGUACAGAUGAAGAGGAGGGAAUCUUUUAGGUUACAGUUACGUGCGUACCCGGGGGGCUGAAGGUUCUUCAGCUACAAGGAACUGCAGACAACUACUGUCAAAUGAAUUUUUUAUGGACUGGAGCUUGACUUUGAAAUGGCUUGAAUCCUUCCUGUUGGACUAGAUUUGGAAUAGCAGGAUAUCGGACCAAGGCAUUAUUGGGAGUCUAAUGGAGCUAUCUAAACUUGGUGACAUUGCCUGCAGGGACUUAGUUCCUCUAAUGCCCUGUUGAAAUAUCUGUGAGCAAUGAUUAGCUCAAAAGAGGAAGAUUCACUAACAUUUCUGCAGUAUGUUGAAGAUUGUGGACUAAGAGCAUAUGACAGACUGGUCUCACAGAACAUCAGCAACGUGUGGAAUGAGAAAAACUGGAUUAACUUUCAGGAGAUAAUCGACAAGAAGCAAAAUCAGGAAGAAGCCAUUAAAAGGGGGGGAGAGGUGAUCACUGAGGGUAAGCACCUGCGAAUGGGCUCCAUGAGCAUGCCAGCCCCUCUGGAAAACAUGUCCCCUCACCAGCACCAGCCCCCCUGUAAUCCAGGUUUCAAUGUUCGCUCUCAGUCCCUGCACUCUGUUGAAGGAGAGGAAGAGGAAAACAGUCCCACAUCCCGUAAGCAGCCCCCACCCAAACCCCGGCGGGACCCCAGCACGAAGCUCAGCAUCUCAUCUGAAGCUGUGGACCUCAGUCCCACCGGGUGUAAAGGUGAUGACUCAGAGAAGUGUGACGGAACACAAAGCUGCAGUGAGGACUGCAGGAAAGUUCCCCCACCAAAGCCUAAGAGGAAUCCCAACACACAACUGAGCACAUCCUUUGACGAGUCUUAUAUCCGCAGUCAUGGUUCAAAAGGUUCUCCCACCACACUUUUCUCAAGUGAUGGCCAGGCUCCUUCUCCUGCUCAAGUUCCACAGGAUUCAGAUUUAGAUGAACCUGUCUAUAUUGAGAUGUCUGGGAAUGUGGGACAAGAAUCAACUCUUCAUCCUGAGGAAGAUGAGCAGAGUGAGGCUGUCUAUGAAGAGAUGAAGUACCCGGCACUUGAUGAGUUUGACUUGCGAUGGGAUCUUUCUAGCAGUCGUGCCACACCCUGCACAACUGAGCUUGAUAUCCAUGCCCCUCUAAGCCGUUGUGCCACCCCUCGGGGCAUUCCAAUAUGUGAAAUUCCUGCCCCAUUCCCCAACUUGUUAACCCAUAGGCCACCUUUACUGGUUUUCCCUCCUGCCCCUGCUCAGUGCUCACCCAACUCGGACGAGUCCCCACUCACUCCUCUCGAUGUAGCAAAGCUUCCUAUGUUAGAGAAUGGUUCUUAUGGCAAGUCACCAACCUCAUCUUCCCUAGAACCCUCUGGCUCUGCAUCUAUGCCACACCUAAGACGUGCUGAGAGGGAGCUAACAGCUACUCCUACUAUAACAAUAUCUGGGCGAUCGUCAGCACCACCACUGCCCUGUGCACUCUAUAAAAGUUCCUCCUCUUCACAUGGUUAUCAGCGCAGCCACUCAGCCUGCCCUUCUCCUGUGAGUAUGGGACGCUGCCUGACACCUCUCAGCCUCAUGCGAUCAUCACCUUUUGAUGGGCCAUUUCCUACUGCAGGCCUUCCUCGCAGCACCUCUGCUACACCUCAUGGAAAAGGAUCACCACCACAGGAUGCAGGCUCAGGGGGACGGCAUCAUGGUUCUAUGCAGAACGUCUCAGUAGCACGAUCACGGACUCCCACUAGCCCUCUGGAUGAGCUCACAAACCUCUUCACCACUGGCAGGAACAUGCUGAAAAAGAAUACCAGCAGCAGAAAGAGCAAGGAGCAGGGAGAAAUUGAAAUCAAAGGAAAAGGUCACAGUUCUGAGUCCAAACGGGAGCACAAGGAGAGGAGUCACCACAGCAAAGAAUCCAAGCGUGAUAAAGACCGUAGCAGCAAUGGAAAGUCCUUGCAUCGGCGUGACAGCAAAGACAGAGAAUCAAAUGUCACUGAAGCCUUAUCUCGACAUGACAAUAAGGACUCUGGAUAUAUUAAUGUUGAGCCAUUAGCCAGAAGGGACAGCAAGGACAGGGGAUAUAACUACUCAGAGCUGCCUUCCCGACAAGAGAGCAAAGAUCGAGGCAGUAGUACUGAUGCACUGCCUCGACAAGAUAGCAAAGAAAGGGGCUGCAAUAGUGCAGAAACUUUUGCCAGACAUGAGAGUAAAGAGCUGCUAAGAAAUGGUCUGGACAGCAGGCGUGACAGCCGAGAGAAUGUUUGUUACGGGAUAGACCUUCUUCUCAGAUAUGAAAAUAAAGAUCUUGGUAGAACAGUCUUGGAACGUCAAGGGGAUAAAGAUGGUGGCAAGCAUGUCAUUGAGCCUGGUCAAAACAAGGAAAAAAGCAACCACAGUACAGAGAGUAUGAGGGGGAGCAAGGAAAGAAUCGUGAAUGGCAAUGAUAUCAUGAGCAGAUGGGACUGCAAAGAAAGGGAAGUUCAAACCAAUGGGACUUUACCCUGGUAUGAUGAGAAAGAUAGAAGUAAUUAUAGCACAGAAUCACCCAAAGCACAGGACAAGGAUACAAGGCAUGGCUCUUCAGCUAUUGUAUCGUCCACCCGGCAUGGACGAUCCUCCAUGAGUCCAAAUAUAAUUUUAGGGAACUCAAACUCUGAAACAUUGCUUGCAGAUUUAAUGACAGUUCCAAAGGCAAGACGGUCUUCUUCCACAACAGUAUCACCAUCUCCAAAAGGCACACCUCAGAGACAGCCAGCUGAUGUCCAACAGAUGCCCCCUAUGCCAUGGUUGUAUAGUGACAGUACCAUGCUGGAAAUGAUCGAGAGAAAACAACGUCUCUGUCGGGAGAUACGGUCUCGACAACAUCUUCCUGACCAUAGCCCAUGCAAGAAAGAAGGCCUGCCUAGCAUGUCCAGCUGGAAAAAAAUUAACGGGGCAAAGAAGCACAGCCCACCCCCCUACACUACUCAGACUACAGUCUUCUGGGACACAGCCAUUUGACUUUGUAGUCUUGUGAGCAUAUUAGGAUCAUGCUCUGUUCUUUAAUAUCAGACAAGGUUGAACCCACUAGUGGAUGAGUGGGCUUACCAUAGCAAUAUUUCAGAGGUUACAAUUUAUGAGGUUUUCAUAUUAUUGUUAAUAUCUAAUAUUUUUAUAUGCAAUGUGAUUCCUUAAUGACUUAGGAUCAGUAAAUAUUUUCUAAAUUAAAUGCAUUAUCUUUGCAAAGAUUGUGUAGAGUUUUUCUACCAUUCUUUUUUUUUUCCUUUUUAACUUUGCAAUACACAAUCAAUCAAUUUUCAUCAAGCUCUGACUUGCCUUUGUAUUUUAAGACCUCUGGAAAUUAAGUUUGUGUGGUAUAUGAAAUCUGUUUUUAAACACUGGAUGUUAUGAUGAUCGGAUUAGGGUUAGCUUCCUUCAAGCUGCCUUUCCACAUGUUAGAUCAUUUAUUUGAAUGUCUAAUAUUAAGAAAUAAACAAAUCAAGUAUUUCUCAAAAAUCCUUCAAAAGGGUUAUAUUGUUUUGAACUACAUUGUCAUUUGCUCUGUCUUUAGUUUUUCUAGUCAUUUUAAGUCAGUGCUAGUUUUCAGAGAGUAUGCCUCUGAUUUAAGGACAGUUUGCUGCACAUAGAAAAAGGGUAACAGUUUUUCUGUCUUGAUACAGAAAAUGUCUCCUUUAUGGGAGGUUGUAUCAGUGUACUCUGUGUGUACAUGAAAUGUACAGGUGUAAAACCCAAGGGACAGCACUCUCCUCUUUGGGUCUGUGGCAAUAGCUGGCAGGUGCCAUUGAGAAUCCUCCAAAGUGGAAAGAUGGUCAGCCAGAGAUUAAUGACAAUCUGGAAUAUCAGAGUAUUUUUUUUAUCUCAGCAUUAUUUAAGAAUGGUGUACAUGAACUGACAACUGAAAAAUUAGAUGAUUUUUGUGUAAUUUUUUGUAUAGAAUGACUGUGCCAUAAUCCAAGAUAAUGGAGUAGAUUUGUAUUUGGAAAUUUUAAACAUACACAACCAUCUGUAUUAGCAAAACAAACCAAUGACCAAUAGCUACAUCAAGAAAGCAGUACCUAUGGCUUCAAGGACUGGUAAUAGGGUUUAUGGCUAAAUAAACAAAUAGGCUGUAUGCAAGAGAGCUGUAAUUUCAUAAUCCUUUGCCACAUAUUACCUGAAUGGAUACCCACUGUUGUCCCUCUACCUCAACCUUUCAAAUCAGUUCAAAUGAUCAUUUGCACAACCAAUUCACCAUCUGCAUUGCCAAAGUACUUUCCCUUCCCUCACCCUUCCUCAUUUCUUCUUUGACCCCCAUGUUUGAAACUCUUGUCUAUACAAAAUGUGUUGAUUUGAAGACCGGCACACACUGACUGAACACAGUUGCAGAGUGUAUACUAAUCCUAUUCGAGAGAUAUAGACCAUUGGUUGGUAGUUAUAAAUGUUUUGGAGAAAUAAAAUUACUAAAUGUCUGAAAUAAUGUUUAGGAUACAGUAUGAAACAGAUCAAUUUUAUUUAACUCAGACUGAAAUACUGUUUGGAAAAAUAUGAAGCUUGUAAUACUAAUAAACUAAGGUAGUGUGUGCUAUACAGUUUCAAACAGGUGGGGGUUGCAAUAUGUUGUAGUCUGUUCGUAUGUAUGUGUGCCAAGCAGAUGCAGAUCAUUAAUAAACUUUGGAUUUCUCUCACCAGAGGGUGCAGUUUGGAAAUGGAACAAGCAUCACUGAAAAAUCAUAUGUAAAAUGUGCACUGUGACAGGCAAAAAGCCUAUGUCUUUUGUUGUAUGUAUGUUGCGUAUGAGUGUACGCUUCUCUGUACAGUGCCACUGAAAAAAGUAUGAUUGUCACAAGAGACUUUUCAAAAUUAAUAAAUAAAUAUACAUUUGGAAUUUC